AACACUACACGUGCGUGUCAUUAACUAGUGUGUUUGCCCUUUUUGGAGAGUUGGUAAGAUUUGCAUACAGUGAAAUGCAGAGACCUCAAGUUUACCACUGAAGUAACAAAUGCUUGCACCUGUCAGUCCAGCCCCCGCCCCCAAGCCCUUCGAGAUCACUUCCACACAAAAAGCUCUCUCCUGCUGCUGCCCAGGCCAUCUCCACCUCUACUCUCCAGAGGCGGCCCCUGUCUGAUUGCCUUCAGAUGUGAUCUUCACCCUCCAUGCUGUCACUGGGCUCCCCAAACGGGGCCUGCAGUUCAGCCGACCGCUGUAAAGAGGUGCAGCAGAUCCGCGAGCAGCACCCCAGCAAAAUCCCGGUGAUCAUCGAGCGCUACAAGGGUGAGAAGCAGCUGCCGGUCCUGGACAAGACCAAGUUCCUGGUCCCGGACCAUGUCAACAUGAGCGAGUUGGUCAAAAUCAUCCGGCGCCGCCUGCAGCUCAACCCCACUCAGGCCUUCUUCCUGCUGGUGAACCAGCACAGCAUGGUGAGCGUGUCCACGCCCAUCGCGGACAUCUACGAGCAGGAGAAGGACGAGGAUGGCUUCCUCUACAUGGUCUACGCCUCCCAGGAAACCUUCGGCUUCUGAGCCAGCAGUAGGGGGGGGCUGGCUUGGGCAUGGGGGGGCCCUGUCAGGCUCUGCCCAGGGAGCACCUCGCACCUGAACUGAGCUGCCUCUGCUCCUGCCCCUGGUGGGUGGGGCAGAGGUGCCACCUCCUAGCCAGGGGGUACCAACUGCACCUCCUCUGCCCCUGGGUGGAUCCUGGCCCAGUCAUGUUAGGGGGUUGCUCUUCUGGGUGCUGGCUGGGAUUGGGGAGAGUGGGGAGCAGCCCCCAGCACCCCUGCUCUGUGUGGUUUGUCUUUUUUUUAGGCCCCUGCCUGUCUGCCCAUCUGCCCCUCCCUGACCUGAGGCGCUGCCCCUGCCUGGACCUGCCCACCCCUAAAGGACUGGCCCCGGGCUCACCUGGUCUUGAUGUGGUGUAUGGAUCUGUGGUCACUGUCCCUCUGCAGAAUAAAGAUUGCUCAGGCCUGCCUGGC